AUGGUGGUGUUUGGGGAGCAUAGUGACGACGGGAGUUUUGGGGAUAUCGACGGGAAAAAUGAUUCAGAAGAUGAGAUAAAUGCUGUAAGUGAAGUCGAAGAUAGAAGCUGGCCAAAUAAGGAUUUCGAGGUCGAUGAUGCUGGAUAUGGACAUGGCGAAUCGACUGUAUGUAGGAGGAUGUUGGUGCAGGAUGGGGAGGAAAUCAGAGAUACUCAAAGGGGAAAACACGAAUAUGAAAAUGACGAGGAAAUUGGUGACGACCAGAGUUCAACCUUGGAGGAGCAAAUGCUGGAAAACAGGAGAGCGUGGGAACUCGCAGUGGAAUCCGGUGCAGUGUUGUACAACGAAGAAGAAGAUAUCAUGGCUAUUCUCCAAACUCAAAAUGAUGAAAUUGCUCAAAAAAAGGCAGGGAUUGAGGGGGAUGAAAAAUUGAGAAUGAUUAAGGACCUAAAGCAAAGAUUUAGAUUGAAUAUGUUAGGUUUGAUUGAGACUAAAAGGCAUAUAGUGACGAAGUUUGAUGUAGCUAGAAUUUUGGGGUGUGAUAGUGUUGGGUGGGAAUUUGAUGAAGUUGAGGGUGCAUCUGGUGGAUUAUUGUUAAUAUGGGAUGAAAUGGAUAUGCAUCUGGUGGACUUACUGCUUAAUGACCGGAAGUUUACUUGGUUCAGAGGUCUUUCAUGUAACCGGAUUGAUAGAGUUCUGCUUAGUCUAGAAUGGGUUGAGGAGUUUCCAGAGAUUCGCUUGAGAGGAGGACCAAGGGGCCUGUCAGAUCAUUGCCCGAUGGUAGUGGAAGAUACAAGGUUGAGAUGUGGACCAAGACCGUUUUGGAGCCUUAACUCAUGGUUUACACACACAGAUUUUCUAAGAAUGGUUAAAGAGGAAUGGAGGGGAUUAGAGGAGAUGCAGUUCACAGAUAAAUUGAAGGCCUUAACGAUUCUACUUGGGAGAUGGCACAGAGACAACUUUGGUGACAUGGAUAAGAAGAUUAUGAUGUUUGAGGAAGUGAUCAAGAAGAUCGAUGACAUGGUUAUCAAUGGGGUGUAUGAUGGAACGAUGGAGGUACUUCACAACAUAGCUUCAACAAGAAGGAGGAAUAAUAGGAUUGAUGCAUUGGUAAUUGAUGAAAGGUUAGUAAGAAAUCAAGCAAGAAUAAAAGUAGCCAUCAGAGAGUUUUACAAGAAGUUAUAUUAUCAAGAGGAGUCUCCUUUGGUGGGUUUUCGGGAUGGACAAGUAGAUAUGAUAGCUGAGGAGGACGUUGUGGCUUUAGAGGUGCUGCCGUCGAUUGAGGAGAUCAGAGGUGCAGUGUGGGACUGUGAAUCAUCGAGGGCACCUGGAAGCGAUGGGUACAACAUGAAUUUCAUCAAGAAGUGUUGGGAUGAGGUUGGGGCUGAGUUCACGGCAGCUAUGUUGGAGUUCUUUCAGACUUCCAGGUUACCAACAGAUUCUAAUAUCGCAUGGGCUGCAUUAGUGGGUCAAGUGGAGCUUUAUGGAUAUUGUUUUACAGAAGAUGGGAUUUGGGCGAAGGUGGAGGGCGUUGGUUAUGGAGUGUAUAGGCACUACUUCUAUGUCGGUGUUGAUAAACGGUUCACCAACAAAGCCAUUCAAUAUGGAAAGAGGCCUAAGAUAAGGUGA